CGGUGGCGGCGGCGGAGAGGGGACUGAGGGGCUGGUCAUGGCUGCGAACCUGAGCCGGAACGGGCCGGCGCUGCAGGAAGCCUACGUGCGGGUGGUCACCGAGAAGUCCCCGACUGACUGGGCUCUCUUUACCUAUGAGGGUAACAGCAAUGACAUCCGUGUGGCCGGCACUGGGGAGGGGGGCCUGGAGGAGAUGGUGGAGGAGCUCAACAGCGGGAAGGUGAUGUACGCCUUCUGCAGGGUGAAGGACCCCAACUCCGGCCUGCCCAAGUUUGUCCUCAUCAACUGGACGGGCGAGGGUGUGAACGAUGUGCGGAAGGGAGCGUGCGCCAACCACGUCAGCACCAUGGCCGGCUUUCUGAAGGGGGCCCAUGUGACCAUCAACGCGCGGGCCGAGGAGGACGUGGAGCCCGAGUGCAUCAUGCAGAAGGUGGCCAGAGCCUCGGGUGCCAACUAUGCCUUCCACAAGGAGAGCAGCCGUUUCCAGGACACGGGCCCCCAGGCCCCAGUGGGCUCUGUGUACCAGAAGACCAACGCCAUAUCUGAGAUCAAAAGGGUUGGCAAAGACAGCUUCUGGGCCAAAGCAGAGAAGGAGGAGGAGAACCGUAGGCUGGAGGAGAAGCGGCGGGCGGAGGAGGAGCGGCAGCGGCUGGAGGAGGAGCGCCGGGAGCGGGAGCUGCGGGAGGCCGCCCGCCGCGAGCAGCGCUAUCGGGAGGAGCUGGGUGGUGAGGCUGGACCCCAGAGGAAGAGUGAGCCGCAGGAAGUGCUUUCAAGGAGCAGAGAGGAGCAGGAGCCCAUCAGCCAGUCAGCACAUCCGCGUGAGAUUUUCAAGCAGAAGGAGAGGGCCGUGUCCACCACAUCCAUCUCUAGCCCCCAGCCGGGCAAGCUGAGGAGCCCCUUCCUGCAGAAACAGCUCACCCAGCCGGAGACCCAGCGCAGCACAGAGCCGACCCAGGCCUCCUUGAGGCCCAGGGCAGAUGUCUGUGAGGAGCCAGUGCCCAGCGCUCCACCGUGUCCAGUGCAGGCGGAAGAGGAGGCUGUGUACGAGGAGCCCCCAGAGCAAGAGACACUCUAUGAGGAGCCCCCAGAGCAAGAGACACUCUAUGAGGAGCCCCCGAUGGUGCAGCAGCAGGAUGCCAGCUCUGAGCCCGUGGACCACUACCCUGAGCUGAGCGGUAAAGGGCUCUGUGCCCGGGCCCUGUACGACUACCAGGCAGCUGACGACACGGAGAUCUCCUUCGACCCCGAGAAUCUCAUCACGGGCAUCGAGGUGAUCGACGAGGGCUGGUGGCGUGGCUACGGGCCAGACGGCCACUUUGGCAUGUUUCCUGCCAACUACGUGGAGCUCAUUGAGUGA